AUGUUGACAGCAGAUGAUUCACUUCAUGAGGACACUACCUCCGAGGCUAAUCCUUCGGUUUCUUCUACCCAAUGUCAGGCGAAGGCGCUCAGCCACCUGUCGCGCGAGCAAUUUGAGUGUUGUGCUUGCCGAGGUGACUUUCGUUUGGCCUCGGUCAAAAAACUCAAAUGUGGUCAUCUAUACUGUUUGGACUGUAUCAAGCGAGUUGUUAUGCGCGCGACGGUCGAGCAUGAUCUUGUGUACAUGCCACCAAGGUGCUGUGGUACCCCAAUCACUCGAUCUCUCAUCGUCAGCAGCGUGACGGCCGAAGAGCUAGAAGAAUUUGAACUCACAGAAAAAGAAAAAGACACGAGAGAAAAAACAUACUGCGCCAAUAGCGAUUGUAGAAGGUUCGUUGCGCCUACACAUAUCAUAUCGGGACAAGCGACGUGUCCUCGCUGUAAGCAUAAGACUUGCAGCACAUGCAAGAACAAUUACCACAAAGACGACUGCCCUGCAGAUCUCGACCUCCGAGCGACCUUGGACCUAGGACAAAAAAAGCGCUGGCAAAGGUGCUUCUCAUGUCGAGCUCUCGUAGAGAUAGAUUGGGGCUGUAAUCACAUGACGUGUCGUUGCGGCGCACAGUUCUGUUAUCAAUGCGGUAUAGAAUGGCGUGGUUGUCAAUGUACUCUUUGGGAAGAGCAAAAUUUAUAUCGCCGUGCAGAACAAGUUGUGGACAGAGCAGCGGGUGGAUACAUUCCACCACAUCUACGUCAACAACGUCUUAACGAAGUACAAGAAGAACUUCGCGACAAUGAUGAAUGUAAUCAUUAUGGACGGAAGAAGUUCUCGAUGAUUACUGAAGGCGCCCCCAGGCGGGGGUUUCGUUGUGAGAUGUGCAAUGCCAGACAUCGGAACUUCAUCCUUCGAUGCAAGAGCUGCCAACUGGAUGUCUGUGCCGAUUGCCGCCGCAAUCGCGUUUGA